UAUGUUGUUUGUUUUCUUCCAGUGAAGCCGAAAUAAUGGAAUUACAAAGAAAGCUGAUAGAAUACAGGAGGUCGGAUGCAUGCCUAAUGAAACUAAAAUACAUGAAGCUGAAAAACUACUUGAAAGAAGUACAGGAGCGCCAGGAAAGAGCUCGUCUGCGGAACCAGACCCUGCUGGAGGAGUUUGACCAGCUUGAGGCUCGAAUGAAAGCUUCAAGCUUGGAGAUGACUCAGAAGAUGGAAGCAUCAUACGGAAGAGAAAUUAAACGUGUGUUACCGCUCGGAGAGGGUGACUUGGCAGCAGGAGGUGACAAGGAAUGGGGCUGCAUGAAGCAGAUGCCGUGGGCAGGAAUCAGCACCAGGACAACCGUGCCAGGACAACUCCAUCACCCAGCUACAGGCCUUAUGAGCCCCCACACAUCAGCCGUACCAGCUGAUGGGGGUUUGGGCACCCAGCAGAACCCCCCUCAGCCCACAGAGAGCUGCUCAGCGCCUGCCCAAUCUUUGUGCCUUCCAUCACUUGAAGGACUUGGUCUGGAGCGCAGAAGCACUGGUUUAGAGAGGGGUGCAUCAGUGGAGGGAGCAGCGAGACCUGGGGAUGUGGCUGCCAGUGAGGAAGACUCCGAGGAGCUCAUCUCUUCAGCUUCUGAUAGCAAACCAGGACCAAAACCAGGCCUGGGUAACCAGUGGAGACCCAAGGAGCUGAGCAUCAGCACUGUGCUGCCAGGCCCUGCCAGCACCGAGGAGGUGAUGCCGAGCGUGCCGCAGGGAUUGGCCUCACCAGUGGCAGACUGGGAGCAGGGCAGGGAUGCCCACACUGCAGAAGACUCCUCAGUGCAUGCACCAACCCCUCACGUGGAGCAGGAGGAGCUGCCCUUGCUCAGCUCAGCACCAGGCGGCUCCCGUGGGAUGCUGGCAGCCCUCUCCCGUGCACUGGAGCAGAUAGAAGACGCGGUGAGGACGAGCCCCUGGCGCCGGGUGCUGUACCAGGGUGAGCACGUGGUGACACUGGAGCUGCUCAGCGGGGCCACCAGGCUGGAAGACGGCGACCUUGAAGCGUGCGAAGCUGUCGUCCUCCAUCAGCUUCAGGCUUCCUUACAGAGCAGGCUGGAUGGCUGCCUCCUACCUGAGAACACGCUCCGGGCUCAAGGCAGAGCAGAGGAUGAAGAGCAAAGCAGGCCGGAGCAGAGCUGGGACAUGGACGCACUGCGGACCUGCCUGAGCAAGCAUGCCCUCUUCCUGAGGAAGCACCAGGUUCAGCUCCCACAAGAAGUGUCGGAGAUGUUCGAGCGCCUGCUGGCACAGGAUGGCCAGGCUCUGCCCGGGUGGAGAGAGGCCCUGCCAGGAGAGAGCGGGGACAGGGCAUCUCCUCACAGUCAGGAACCCUCCUGCAGCACCUUGUCAGCCACCCCAAACGGCGCCAGGGAGACAGAGGAGGCAGAACACACUCCCGGGCUCGCUGAUGCAGGAGGACAAGAAGUCCCAAGCUGGUGUGAAGAUGAGAGCAAGGAAGAAAGCGCGGUCGAAAAGAUUCCUAUUACAGGGUGGGACGUUGCUGAUAACGGUUCCAAAGCAAGAGAGAGCCAGGAAACGCAGUCGGAAAUGAGUCCCUCGUCGAGCCCAAGUCCUCCCUUGUCAAGAGCUGAAACCAGGAAGGGAAUGGUAGCUACUAUAAAAUCCAAAGCGUUCUGGGGCGAAUCUGACGAGAGCAGCUCCGAGCUCGAGGCUGCUCUGCGCCCCCAAGCCCACAGCACAGAGGCAGAUGAGUUUGAUGACUUCUAUGAUUAAGAUCCCCCUGCUCACUGUGGGGAAGAAAGCAGCAGCAUCAUCUUGUACGAAUGGAGCGUGCUGCUGUCUGAUGGGCAGCUCCUCACUGCACACUCACAGAAAGUGUAAGUACAGAAUAAAGAUUCCUUGGUUCUGUACCUGGA